CUCAGCAUUGCAGCCCUCCUGCCUCAUCCUUUGGCUCCUGGACCUCCCAGCUCUCCAGCGGCAUGGCCUUCUCUGGCAAGUAUGAGAUCGAGAGUGAGAAGAACUACGAUGAGUUCAUGAAGCGCCUGGCACUCCCCAGCGACGCCAUUGACAAGGCCCGCAACCUCAAGAUCAUCUCGGAGGUGAAGCAGGACGGCCAGAACUUCACCUGGUCCCAGCAAUACCCCGGGGGCCAAUCCAUCACCAACACGUUCACCAUCGGCAAGGAGUGCGACAUAGAGACCAUCGGGGGCAAGAAGUUCAAGGCCACUGUGCAGAUGGAGGGGGGGAAGGUGGUGGUGAACAACCCCAACUACCACUACACCGCGGAGAUUGUGGACGGCAAGCUGGUGGAGAUCUCCACUGUCGGAGGCGUGAGCUACGAGCGUAUAAGCAAGAAGCUGGCAUGAGCUAGUGGGCAGGGCUCUGAGGGGGCCACAAAGCCACAAAUAAACCUGGUGUAACAGUAGA